UACAUCAACGGACAGGAUUCAUGCCACGUGGUUUGAUAAACAUCCCUUUUCGUUUAUAAAAUCACCAAGCCCCCCUUUUACUCAAAACUCAUUGCGGUUUUCGAUUCUAGGUUUUCUCUCGUCCGAAGAUUCAUCGAUAAGUUUGGGGACAGUUCGUUUGAAGAUGAAGCCGGUUUUCUGUGGUAACUUCGAGUACGAGACACGGCAAUCGGAUUUGGAGCGAUUGUUUGGCAGAUAUGGAAGAGUUGAGCGCGUUGAUAUGAAAUCUGGAUACGCUUUUGUUUACUUUGAGGAUGAACGUGAUGCUGAAGACGCAAUCCAUGCUCUUGAUAAUACCCCGUUCGGAUACGACAAACGCAGGCUCUCUGUGGAAUGGGCUCGGGGUGAGCGUGGACGACAUCGUGAUGGGUCAAAGUCAAUGGCGAACCAGAGACCAACUAAAACACUGUUUAUUAUAAACUUCGAUCCGGUUCACACAAGGGUUCGUGAUAUUGAGAAGCACUUUGAGCCUUAUGGAAAUGUUCUUCAUGUUCGCAUCAGGCGCAACUUUGCAUUUGUGCAGUUUGAAACACAAGAAGAGGCAACGAAAGCACUUGAGUCUACACACAUGAGUAAAAUAUUGGAUAGGGUGGUAUCAGUGGAGUAUGCUUUAAGGGAUGAUAGUGAGAGAGGGCCUCGCUCAGUCAGUCCUAGAAGAGAUUACGGGCGGCGUGGUGAUAGUCCUUAUAGGUCACCAAGUCCUUACAGGAGAGGUAGACCAAGUCCUGAUUAUGGGCGGGCCCGCAGCCCUGUGUACGAUAGGUACAGUGGGCCAUCCUAUGACCGACCAAAGAGCCCUGUUUAUGGGAGAUACCGCAGCCGAUCGCCCAUUCGAAGAUCUAGAACUUGAGGCUGCAGCUGUUAGUUACAUGGCUGGUGGCGUGAUAUUAAGUGUUUGAUUCUCUUAGUCUGCAGUAGUUUUAUGUCAUGCUGUGUGAGGUUUAUGGAACUGUUUGGUUAGGUCAGUGUCUGAACUUUGUAGUGGAAUAUUCUGGAACGUUUUGGAGUUUGUGGUUGGAUAGUAAUGGAACAUGAACCUUUUUGUGACGUUUUUAUUUGAAGAAUAGUUUGUUUGA